UGUGGCAGCAACGCCACGGGUUUUUCUCGUUUUUCGUCAAUUUUUCGCAGUUUUUAUGUGAAAUUAGUGUUAUAAGGAGACAGAAGGAUGACUGAGGAGGAUAAGUUUGAUAUUUAUGGUGAUCUGAACGAUUUCGAUGCUUCUGUGAAGCUGAAACAGACUGCGGAAGAACUGGAGGUGUUGCAAAAGAAACACAGUGAGAUUGUGAAAUCCUUGGAAGCGUCUGAAGCUGUGAACAGACAUACAAAGGCGGUGAAUUCAACGAUAAAGAAGAAUUUCUCGAUCCUUCUUGCGACUGUCCGGGCGGAAGUCAAGCGGAAGGAUGGUACCAUUGCCCAGCUGAGAAGGGAUUUCGACGAUUUGGCCUUCCGGAGGAAUAAGAUGAGGUCUCAGGCUUCUGAGAAAGUGUCCAAGUCGACUCAGACGGAUUUGAAGCCAGAUGGCAGAUCAAAUCGCUAUGACAGAUUCAAGGAAAGCCUUCAUCAGGAUCAGGGUUACAAGAGGAGGCACGAUGGCAGCGACAGGGAUGCACACAGUAGCUCCAAGAAGCGCAGAAGCAGGCCCAGAAGUUUAUCUAGAGACAGGAAUCGUUACAGGCGCAGGGAUUCAAGUCGGGAGCGCAGAAUCGAUAAAAGGGACACAAGAAGUGAUCGAAAAUCCAGAGAAAGGACCGCAAAGACGGAAAAGACUGCGGAAAAGACAGUGAAGACUACGAAAGAAGUGCCAAAGGAUGAAAAUGUUCAACAAGUGGUCAAGAAAAGUGAAGACACGAGUGUCAUUGUUGAGAAUUCCUCGACUUCUGAGGAGAAGAAUGGCCAAGAUGAUCAAGGCGUUGAACAGAAAGUAUCGACAAUGCUUUCAGAUGUUCAGGAAAAGUCUGCAAUUCCAGAAACUCCAAAGGGAACUAAGGAUCUUCCCACGAAACCUGAAUCACUAAAGGAUCCUGAAGAAUUUCCUCAAAAUAAGAGCAUAAAUCUCGGGAAUUCUGACUACACGAUCGAAUCAAAUAAUAAUGGUGUUGUCACGGUGUUUAUAAAGCGGAAGAAGCGUAAAUGUAAAUAA